GUUCUGAAAUAAGUAGGAAAUACCACAAAUAAAAUAAUGAUAAAACAUCUGGAACUAUUUAAUGAACGCUUUCGAGUUGAAAAAUUAGUAAAAUAGACGUUACGUAAUAUAUUUCAUAUUAUAUCUAAAUGUUAAGUGAAUACGAAAUUAACAUUGGUAGUGUUUCAUUAGUAGAAUUAUGAACUAUUUUAAGUGAUUCGUUACGUGAGAACUCUGCUGCGCCACAAUGACGCGCCAUUUUGAAUGAGUGCUAAGGCGUGGCAUAGAAAUCACCACGCGUCGUAUCGGGUUGCCAACAUUAUCUGCCACCUAGCACGAGCAAUAAUAAAUAGAAAUGCCCCGCAUUGACCCUAUUCAAUUACUCAACUGCCUUAGCGUGCUUUUGUCUCCGAAAGGUGGUAUUAAAAGCCGGAAUGAAGUUCAGAGAUUAGCUGGUUUGAUGACCAAGUUCUCGAAAAAAUUAGUGUCAAAAUGCAUAUAUAUCCAAAUCUUAAAGUGUACUGAAACUGAGUUACUUGGAUCAUUCAUGGGUUCAGGUGGAUGGUUGCUUGUACACAUGUGGCUUACUGAGAGUAUAGUCGCUAAAAACUGGCCUCUUGUGAAAGAACUAUUAGAGCUAUUAUUAUUAUGCCCCGUGGACAUAGAACGACUAAAGACUAACAACUGUCCAAAACUCGUCAAAGAAUUAUCAAAGGAAGGAAACCAUUUUGCAAUAAGAGCCUUGGCCUCAAAACUCGUUGAGCAAUGGCUAAAGAUCGUCAAAGGCGAAUAUGUUGUACCUCUUCUAGAAGCUGAACUAGCACAAAUAAUAACAGACGCGAAUUCAGAAAUAAAGCCUGACAAUACGAGCAAUGAAGAGAAUACAGAUAUUGCAAAGUAUAAAGAUGACUUGGGUAUGGAAAAACACAAUGAAAAUGACAACAAUAUCAAAGGCAAUUCAUCAGAACCUUUAGAUAUUAAAGACAAUAUUGCAAAAGAAAUAGAACAAGCACAGGAAGAACAAGAAGCUUUACCAGUUUUAAAGAUAACAUUAAAAGAUGGAAAACAAGUUAUAUCUCAUGUAGAUGAAGAGUCCAGAGAAGAAACAUCUGAUUGUGAAAAAUCUAGAGAGAAAAGUAAACAUAAAAACAGAGAUAAAUCAAGCGAUCGUAGUAGUUCUAAAUCCAGUUCAUCUAAACACUCGAGUAAAUCACAUUCUUCUUCAUCAGAUAAACACAAAAGUAGCAGCAAAAGUAGUAGUUCUAGCUCAAGUCGAAGUAAAGAAAAAGAUAGGCAUUCACAUAGUUCAAAAUCGAAAAGCGACAGUAGUAGACGAUCUAGCGAUAAAAGUAGUUCUUCAAGUAGAUCUAAGGACGACAGGAGUGCAAGAAGCUCUGAUAAAGAAAGAAAAGAUAAACAUAAAAGUCAAGACAAAGAAAAAAAUGAAGAUAAAAAUAAAAUUGAAAAAUCCAAAGAUCAAAAAGUAACAAAUGACAAAGUCGAAGACAAAAAUCAAACUCCUUCUAUUCAGAAACUGGGGAAAAUUCCCAAGUUAAGCGAUGUCAAGAAGGACAAGCCUUCAAUAUCAAUAGAAGUUCGGAAACCAGAUGAGCCAAAACCUAAAACAGUCAAAACUUUUCAUUCCAAGUUUAGGAAACAUGGCCUGGAAGAAGAAGUAAAGCCACCACCAUCUCGUGCUGCUCUGCUAAAUAAAAAAGCUACUCCAGCUUUGCCACCCACAGUAGUAUCAAUACCUAAAAGACCAUCACCGGUACACUCUGAAACUCCACCAGAAAAGAAACCUAAAACAGUAGAACCAAUAGAAAAACCAGGUUCUAUUAAAUUGAUACCACCUAAACCGAAGCCUAUGCUGCUACUGGAAAGCGACAUGUUUAUGGACGCGUUAAAUGCUUCAGCUACAAACAAAAAAGAACCAAAGAAACGAAAACGCCGUACAAGCGGAUCGAAAGAUGGAACUACACCCAGUGAUGGAUCUCCGCCACUUACACCUACAACUAUGACCAGUCCUACUAGUGAAAGCAAGUCCGUUCCUCCCAGAUUUUACCAAGAUACGUUGGAUACCGAUGAAAGUAAAGAUAAAAAAGCUGAUAAUAAUACUACAGAAAAGGAUAAUGAGGAAUCAAUGGAUACAUCAGAACCACACACACUAACCGUAAAUGGUCUCAAGGGUGUUCUCUGCUAUCAUAAAAGAAAAGGUCCCAAGAAGAGUAUUAAAUGGAAACCGGAUUCUGAAUUAGAAGAAAUUCAAUACUUUGAACUUGAUGAAACUGAAAGAGUGAACGUUACGAAAACAUUUACGGAUAUGAAAUAUUUAGACAGACUACACGAAAGAGAAGCUUUUCAGAAGGCGAGAAAUCUCAUUAACGAUGAUGUCAUGGAAGAACGAACGAGUUGGAGACCUCUAAUUCCUAUUGACACCGAGGGACAGAUACAAGUAGACCACGGUAAAAAUAGUAAAGAAAAAGAUAUUCAGGCGUUAAGGCAGAAAGGAACGCUGCAACCACUUUAUUUCCACAAGUCAAUGAUACCUGACUCUGCAACUGAGCCCGAGCCAGAAACUCAUCCCUAUUCUGAACCAACUAUUAUACCUUUGGACGAUAUUACUGGCAAUCAAGACAAUGUCAGUGAUUUUAGAAAUAUGCCAUGGCCUGAACCAAAGGGAACUGCGCCUCCGUCAUCUAGUAAUGUUAAUGUGCCAACUAUGUUUCCGCCUAAUAUGGCCCAGUUUCCAAAUGCUUUUCCGAAUGCACAGUUUCCGACUGUGCCUGGAUUCCAAGGUCCUAAUAUGGUUCCUGGGGAUUGGCAAAAUGGAGUACCACCACAUAUUAUGGGCAAUGGCAUGCCAGUUCCUAUGACUGCACCGACGCUUCCUCCAGGAACGAUGCCCCCGGGGAGUAUACCUCCUGGAAUGAUGAUGCCAACUGAAAAUAUGAUGAUGGGUCCAGAGAUGUUCGGUGGUCCAAACCAGAUGUUUCCUGUUCCGCCAGAGGGAUUUAAUAUGCAACAAAAUAUGUUUCCGAUGGACUUUAACAUGGCAGGAGCUCAAGGGCCCCCAGGCCCUGAAGGUUUCCCCAGUCCCGGCAAUUUCCGAGGAGCAAUGCGUGGUCGCGGGGCUGGUGGGCAUUGGCGAGGAAAAAACUCUGGAAACUGGGAUGGUACACAAAGGGGUAGAGGUGGUCAUGUUCGGGGAGGACGCAAGGCUGUUUGUAUAUAUUUCCAACGAAAAGGUUCUUGUCGGCAAGGUGACAAUUGUUCAUUUUUACAUCCUGGGGUUAAUUGCCCUUAUUAAGUAAAAAAAAUACUAAAAUAAGCAUGAUAUUAUGUUGUAAUAGAAGGAAAAUAAAAUAUUUGUUUUUCUCAAAGAAUGUUGAGUUUAUGAACGUUGGUAACUUAAAGGUGUAAAGUAGGGUUAGAUACUCGAAAAGACUGUUUAAUGUAAAUAAUUAAUAUGUAAAUACAUAAUAUUGUAGUAUAAGUGAGUAGGUAGGAAGCUAUGUACUGUUUAUAUAAAAAUGAAAAUAAACGGAGUUGUUUAAAUUUUU